UCCAUUUCCCUUCACCACUUUCAUACUACUUCUUUCUCUAUUCUUGUUUGCUGCCUUUCAUGUUCUUGUCGUGCAUUUAUGUUCCUUUGAACAAGCUUUCCUCGUUCUUGUUCUUCUUUCCUGAGAUCGAAGAACGAACUGGACGUCUUAGUAUUCUGUAAAAAGAUUUAGCUUCGGUGGUUUAUGCACACCAUUGGCAACUGUCGUCCGCUGUUUCUCUCGUCCGAAGCCAUCUUCUCGCAUCAGAUUCAGGCGGCGCCAUGACAACGGCCCAGAGCCCAGCGACCGCGGUGGCGGCGGCGGCGGUGGAGAAGAGCAAGCACUGGGCUCCGCACGGCCCGGCGCUGACGGCCUGCCUCGUCAGCAUCAACCUGCUCAUGAUCCUCCUCAUCUUCUUCUACUUCUGGCGGUUCUUCUCCGGGAAGCGAGGAACGUUGUCCCCCGGCGGCGCGGACGAGGAGGCGCCCUCGGCCGACACGUCCCCGGCAGCCUCGCCGGGAGGGUCCAGGCGUCUUUGCGACCCCGACCAUCCGGACAUCGCGUCCUCCCUGCCCGUGACCGUCUUCGACUCCAGCAGCGACGCAGUCGGUGGGAAGGCAGCGCCGGAGUGCGCGGUGUGCAUCGUGGAGUUCCGGGACGGCGACCAAGUGCGCCUCUUGCCUGGCUGCGGGCACCGGUUCCACGCUGCGUGCGUCGGCGCGUGGCUGCAGCUCCACUCCACGUGCCCGCUCUGUCGGGCCAGCGUCCUCGCCCCGCCACCCACCGCCGCCGAGCCCAAGAACGACGAUCCCAAGGACGACGGCGGUGCGGAGUGCCCUGUGUGAGCUAAUGCAGAGGAGAGGAGGAACACGUAACGGCAGAAGGGCAAAAGAUUCUUUCCAUCGGUGUCGCUGUCCUUGGGCAAAAGUCGGCGAGGUACGGCUGGCUUCGUCGUUCCUGUUUUCUUGCGUUGAUUUCUUUUCAUGUUUUGGCCUUUUGGGACCGGCGAGCUAGUGCAUAUUUAGAUUAGUCUUCUUAUAUUUGAUGAUGCGCGCAUGAUUGGAAUUGCAAUAUAGACUUGCGUCCUGCAUGCAUGAUAGAAUUAGUACCUGUAAUUGAGGUUGUAUGUAAAUUAAUGAAAAUCAUGAUCGACGUUUUGGUGGGUGAAUUUCUGGACCCUGUGUCUCCAGACUCCAGAGCCUAGACUGUCCGUGGUACAUAUAUAGUCGCACGGGAAAUUACCAUACUUGAACUUGUAAAUUAAUCAUUCAACU